AUGCCUUCCGUAUCCUCACUCUUCGUUACUGCACUGCUGAGCUCUAUAGCUGCCGCUCAGACCCAUACCGGCACUUUGUUCAACUUCGUGCCGGGACUUGGAGCCUGUGGUUUCACCAAUACGAGCAGUCAGACCGUUGCCUCAGUCUCUAGUCAAGUCUUCAACUCUUUCCCAGGAGCUGGCCCAAACCCAAACAAUAACCCCAUAUGCAAACAUUCGGUCACUAUUUCUCACAACGGUGUCAAUUUGACUGCGCCCAUUGUUGAUUUUUGUGCACAAUGCCCGCAAUUCAACGUUGGGCUAUCUGCGGUCGCGUUUCAAAAGUUCGCUCCUCUUUCAGACGGCAUUGUCCCCAACGUUACAUGGGAGAUCGUCUGAAGCGGUGCAUCCAGAAAAAUCUAUGCUUGAUUGGUGAAUUCGAGGGACGAUGGACCCAAACUUACGUAAAAUUGUACGGACUCCAGGACGCUAUAGUUAUGUUGCGAAUGACGUUCGGAGAAUUCUGGGCCGUUGAAAAUCAAUAUCCAAUGGCUCAUAUGCUCACAUGAGAAUCUUCUACAAGCCCACCUGGCGAGUACGAAGUUGUAUUUGGUAACAAUGCAUGCACUCCAUCACUUUAACAUGCCAGUCAAUCGUCAUCGUCGCGUCAAGACCUGAACUGGACAUAUCGAGUACCUCUUCUGACAUUCUGGCUCGUAUUUCAAUGCUCGAAUUCGUAAUGCAGUGCUCUAACACCAGGAUAAUGGGGUCGUUUCUCCGGAUGGCAGUACACGAUACGUGCUAUGUUCGAAGCCUCAGCCAUCAGGUCUCAAGUUUCGCUCUACAAGUUUCAGGCUUUUGUCCCCGUUGCGGAGGUUGUUCGGUCCCACACGCUGAUUCUGGCAACGCUAGCCUCCCCUACACUGACCCAUAUGCGCAUACAUAGAGGCUAGAUUUCCCCCGUCAGUAUGUGCUGACUUGUCUCGAACUAUCGAUUGAAAAAUCCUCUUGUAUCCAUAGACUACAGCCUUUCUCAUCCCU